AUGGCGGCGAGCCUCUCUCCCGGCAAUCAUUGGAUUUUCUUUUCGGUGUACCUGUUCGUUUUCCUCGUGGGACUGCCCCUUAACUUGAUGGCCCUGGUGGUCUUCGUGGGCAAGCUGCGCCACCACCCGGUGGCUGUGGACUUACUUUUGCUAAACCUGACCCUUUCGGACCUGCUCCAGCUGCUCUUCCUGCCAUUUCGCAUGGUGGAGGCAGCCUAUGGCAUGAGAUGGCUAAUGCCCUUCAUCUUCUGCCCUCUCUCAGGGUUCUUUUUCUUCACUACCAUCUACCUCACCGCCCUCUUCCUGACGGCUGUGAGCAUCGAACGUCUUCUGAGUGUGGCCUAUCCAGUGUGGUACAAGACCCGGCCACGGCUGGCCCAGGCUGCUGUGGUCUGCGGUUUCUGUUGGUUCCUGGCAUCAGCUCAUUGUAGUGUGGUUUAUGUCACUGAAUACUGGGGAAAUGCCACCUACAGCCAGGAGACCAAUGAAACCUGUUACCUGGAAUUCCGGGAGGACCAGCUGGCUGUGCUCCUGCCUGUGAGACUAGAGAUUGCUGUGGUCCUUUUCAUGGUGCCCCUGUGUAUCACAAGUUACUGCUACAGUCGUCUGGUGUGGAUUCUUAGCCAAGGAGCCAGCUGGCGCAGGCGGAAGAGGGUGAUGGGGCUUCUAGCAGCCACAAUGCUCAUCUUCUUCGUCUGCUUCGGCCCCUUCAAUAUGUCCCACGUGGUGGGCUAUGUCCAGGGUGAGAGUCCAUCCUGGCGGAAUUCUGUGAUCCUCCUCAGCACCCUCAACUCUUGCAUAGACCCUCUUGUCUUCUACUUUUCAUCCUCCAUGUUCCAAGCCGAAUUUCAGCAGCUCCUGGGAAGGCUGACCAGAGGUUGUGUGCGUUGGACUCAUGAAGCCAGCUUGGAAUUGACGGUAAAGAACGAAGAAGAACCGUCCAAGGAGUGUCCAAGCUAA